GUGAUCUGGCCUCAGCAUGACCUCCUGUGCUGCUUGGUCUUUGCCGAGUCUCCAUAGUCCCCACUGCUCCCCCUGCAGCAUUACCCCUGUCCUGGGCCCAGGCCCAGCCACCCCGAUGGACACGCCAGUGGAGGACUCCCUCUUCCAAAUCAUCCACUGCUACCACCAGUACGCGGCCCGGGAGGGGGACGUGGAGACCCUGUGCCCGGAGGAGUUGACGGCCUUGCUUGUGGACAACAUGCCUCGCUUCGUGGAGAGCUUGGGCCGGAAGGAGCCGUACUAUGUCACAGAGUUGUUCCCGGCAGCAGACAAGGACAAGGACAAGGACAACCAGAUCUGCUUUGAGGAGUUCCUCUACAUCCUGGGCAAGCUGGUGAAGGACUACCACCUGCAGUGCCACUGGCAGGUGUGUGCCCACUACUGCACCUGGCACAGUCUUUAUUAGAGGGAGCACGGGCAGCCUCUACACAGGGGCUGCCCCUGGAGCAGGCGUGACCGGGCUGUGAGCCCUGCCUUGUGCGUCUGUGGCAAGGACAGCUGUGAGGGAAGAGAAUAAAACAGCUUUGUAAAGA